GCCUACAUAGAAACGGUUGGAAAUGUUGCCGUUAAAUAAUAAGCCACGGCAAAGAAAUAAUACAAAUAUCUGGGCGAGGAGGAAAAGACUGUCAGUAAAGUUGAAAAUCCUGUUAUUAUUAUCAGUCUGUCAGUUUGAUGGCUUACUCACAGAAGUGUGUGGCUGAUAAUUUGACUUUUGCUCAACACCUCACCGUUUUAAGAGUAUAAAGCCUCCAUCAGACGCUUCCCAUCAGAAGAGAAGCUCAAGAUCGUAAGAAGCAACUCAACAUGAGGAGGAUUCACCGCCUGCUGGGUUUUCUUGCAAGCCUGGUGCUUGUUAUUCACGCAGGACCGAUUCUACAGCCUGUUGAUGAUUAUGAAAUUGCAAAGAAUUACCUGAAGAACUUCUACAAUGUGGAAUAUAAACUUCCUAGUGUCCCUAGUUCUGCAGCCAAAGAGCGAGUAGAUCCACUGGCUGAUAAAUUGAGACUGAUGCAGAAGUUUUUUAGGCUUAAGGUCACUGGAACGCUGGACGAAGAAACACUGGCGCUGAUGAAGAAGCCCCGCUGUGGAGUUCCAGAUGUCGCUGCGUACUCCACGUUUGGAGGCAGUCCCAAAUGGCAGACCAACAAGCUCACGUACAGGAUUGAGAACUACACCCCUGACAUGUCAGUAGCGGAGGUGGACGAUUCCAUCAGAAGAGCCCUGCAGGUGUGGGCAGACGUCACUCCUCUGAGGUUCACCCGGAUCUACAGUGGCACAGCAGACAUCAUGAUCUCAUUUGGAACAGGAGAUCAUGGCGAUGGUAUAGCAUUUGAUGGACCAGGCAAAACUUUGGCUCAUGCUUACGCUCCCUCAUCUGGAAUUGGUGGAGAUGCACAUUUCGAUGAUGAUGAGUUUUUCACUUUCCAUUCACCAGGUAUUGUCCUGUUCUUGGUGGCUGCCCAUGAGUUCGGUCACUCUUUGGGUCUUUCUCAUUCUGGCGAUCGUGGCGCUCUGAUGUUUCCCCAUUACACCCUCCCAGAUCCGGGUCGUUUCUCUCUGUCCUCUGAUGACAUCAAUGGGAUUCAGUCGCUCUAUGGCCCAAACAGAGACAGACCUGAUGACUUACCAACUAAGUCUUGUGACCCUUUUGAUGCUGUUACAACUUUUAGUGGAGAAACAAUGUUCUUCAAGGACAGCUUUGUCUGGCGUAGUUCUCCGAGCGGAAGUGUGACAAAACAUCUAAUCAGAAAAUUGUGGUCCAACGCCCCGGUUUAUGUAGAUGCUGCUUACGAGGAUCCAGUGGAAGAAAAACUUUUCCUAUUCAAAGGUAAACAAGUCUGGGCUUUUAAAAGCAACAUUGUUGAGCCGGGCUAUCCCAAGCCUCUCAGCAGCUUUGGUCUGCCACCAUCUGUGACAAAAAUCAGUGCUGCCGUCCACGACAAAAACUCAGGAAAAACACUGCUCUUCUUUGAGAAAUAUUACUAUAGCUAUAAUGAGAUGAUGAAGAAGAUGGAUGGAAAUCCCAAACGAGUGGCAGAUGGAUUUCCAUCAGUGACUGGAGAGGUCACAGCAGCCCAUCUGAUCGACGAUAACAUUUAUCUCUUCAGUGGGACAAAUGUGUAUGAGUUCGGCAGCAGCAGGAACCUCCUCCGUGUGCUGAAGAACGAUCACUUCCUGUCCUGUUAUUCUCCUGUCCCACCCCCGCUAAUCCCACUGCUGAUUGGAAAUGAUAAAACUCGGGACAGGCCCCUUAGACGACCUAGACUCAUAAAAGGCAGAAACAGAGACUCUGGAGGACACUUUUCUUUCCCUCCAGAGGAACAGGACUGUAGUAUGGGGCACUCGACAGCUCUAGUUCUGACACUCGUGGUGUGUUCGGCUCUUUGUGAAGGCGCACCAACGACUGCAUCACCAGAAGACCAUCAAAUAGCGGAGGCUUAUCUGUCACAGUUCUACAGGGACAAUAAUGCGACUGAAUCCCGCAGCAGAACCAUGUUCCUCCCAGAUCUAGAAAAGGAGCUGAAGGUCAUGCAGGCGUUUUUUGGACUGGAGGUCACGGGCAAGCUGGACUCAAACACUCUUGAGACGAUGAAGCUGCCGCGCUGUGGAGUCACCGAUGUGGCCAAAUUCAACCACUUCCAGGGCAGACCCAGCUGGAAGCAGAGCGUUGUAACAUACAGAAUUACUGAAUAUACAUCCCAGUUGAGCCAGAGAGAUGUGGAUGCCAUUAUUGCCAAAGCUUUCCAGCUCUACAGUGACGUUAUCCCACUCGAUUUCAAACAGAUCUACAGUGGCACAGCUGAUAUCAUGAUUCUCUUCAAAGCUGGAUAUCAUGGAGAUUUUUACCCGUUUGAUGGGCCUAAUGGGGUUUUGGCUCACGCCAACUCGCCCGGUCCAGAGCAGGGAGGAGACACACACUUUGAUGAUGAUGAGACGUGGACUCAAAGUUCACGAGGUAUAAACCUGCUUUUGGUGGCUGCUCAUGAAUUCGGACAUGCACUGGGACUAGAUCACUCCAGAGACCCUUCAGCUCUCAUGUAUCCAACCUACCGAUACGUCAACACCAAUGGCUACACACUUCCCCGUGAUGACCGGCUCGGGGUCCAGGCCCUGUAUGGUGUUCGAGCGUCAAUAGGUAAACCAGAGGCAAAACCAGAACCAGAACCAGAACCAAAACCCAAUCCUGAACCAAACCCACCAGAACCGUGCAAGCGUGACUUGGUAUUUGAUGCGGCAGCCAGCGUUCGUGGAGAACUGUACUUCUUUAAACAUGGGUAUUACUGGAAAAAGGGCUACUACAGUGGACUUUCAAGGCAUGAAAUCAAAUCUACCUGGCCAUCCAUUGACUCUGUGGAUGCUGCGUAUGAGUUCAGCGGCAGAGACGUUAGCUUCCUUUUCAAUGGUCAGCAGUAUUGGGGAAUAAAAGGCAGCACUACCAUGCCUGGAUAUCCCAAACCCAUAACCAAAUUUGGAUUUCCCACAUAUGUGAAAAAGAUUGAUGCGGCCGUACACGUGAAAUCAACCGGACGCACUUUGUUCUUUGUUGGAAGCAAAUACUGGAGCUUCAAUGAAAGAACAGGCCAGAUGGACAAAGGCUUUCCUAAAACUAUUCAGCAUCAUUUGCCUGGCAUUGGCUCACAAGUGGACGCGGCUUUUGAAAAUUAUGGUUACCUGUAUUUCUCAGAAGGUCCCAGGCAAACGGAGUAUGAUUUCUCCUCGAAACGAGUGAAUCGUGUUCUGUUGAACUAUGGAUGGCUGAACUGCUACUAAACAUUUAACUGAAAAUGUAGAAAAUGUCAGUCUCAGUAUUCCUAAUAAUGUACCUCUUCAAUGUUGUACAGAAAAUGCCACAAUGUAUGAAUGUAUGAUUUUUAUUUUAGAAAUAAAUAUGAUUAAUAUUCACAAAAA